UUGCUAGAUAUCAAGCCUCUCUCUUUUUUGUUGGGCAAUUUUUUUUGUACAACUGAGAAUUCAGUCGGGCUAAUAUUAGUAGUCCGGCCUAGUUCUCGUUCUCUAUCUCUAAGAGACUAAAACCCUAAACUUAGAAAUCCGGUUUCUUGCUUCAGGCAGCCUUCUCUCCGCCUGUAAGGUUCCAGCUUUAGCUCCUGGGGAGAGAAGAGAGAGAGAUUUUGGAGAGUUAGACGGUAGAGGCAAUGGGGGCGAGCAAGAAAGAAUCAGUUGAAGUGGAAAAAAGAGAGGAGAAGAAGAAAAGCAAAAAAACCCAACCCACCAAGAAAGAGAAGCUCAGUACAGAAGAAUCCCUGCUUCAUAAAAAACAAGAAGACACAGCAACUGAUUACAAGGAAUUUUCCGAGGAUGAUUCUUCUGAGGAUUAUAAAUCAGCAGAGGAGUCAGAAGCUGGUGACAGCGAAUCCUCUGGAGAUGAGGGCUUUCACAACACCGGUGGUAAUGAGGGCUUGGCCAAUGAAGGUCAGAGUGAAGACUCUGAACCUGAUCUGGGAGGUGAAGAGAGCGACUCUUCUGAGGAUGAGGUGGCUCCUAGAAAUACGGUCGGUGAUGUUCCAUUGGAGUGGUAUAGGGAUGAAAAGCAUAUUGGGUAUGACAUUGCUGGAAAGAAGCUAAAAAAGAAAGAAAAACAAGAUAAACUUGAUUCAUUUCUUGCGAGUGUUGAUGACUCAAAAAAUUGGCGAAAGAUUUAUGAUGAGUACAAUGAUGAGGAGGUAGAGUUGACAAAAGAAGAAACCAAACUUAUUCGUAGAGUGCUCAAAGGAAAGGCUCCACAUGGUGACUUUGAUCCGUAUGCGCCUUAUGUUGAUUGGUUUAAAUGGGAAGAUUCAAAGCAUCCAUUGUCAAAUGCACCAGAGCCUAAGAGUCGAUUCAUUCCCUCAAAAUGGGAAGCUAAAAAGGUUCUUGGACUGGUUAGGGCAAUUCGAAAAGGAUUAAUAAAAUUUGACAAGCCAAAAGAAGAACCUCGUUUCUACAUGUUGUGGGGGGAUGAUGCUAGCUCAUCAGAAAAGACUGGGCAUUUAUCUUACAUUCCUGCUCCAAAACCAAAUUUGCCAGGCCAUGAGGAGUCCUACAAUCCUUCUCUAGAAUACAUCCCAACACAGGAGGAGAUCAAUUCUUAUCAGUUAAUGGAUGAGGAAGACCGACCUAAAUUUAUACCUAAAAGGUUUACAUCUUUAAGGAGCAUCCCAGCAUAUGAAAAUGCUGUUAAAGACUCUUUUGAGCGCUGUCUGGAUUUAUACUUGUGCCCUAGAGUUCGCAAGAAACGUAUUAAUAUUGAUCCUGAGUCUUUGAAGCCUAAGCUGCCAAGCCGAAAAGAUCUCAAACCUUACCCAGCAACAUGCUAUCUUGAGUAUAGAGGGCACAAAGGUGCAGUUAUGUCAAUUUCCACUGAAGCUUCAGGACAGUGGAUUGCUUCAGGUUCAAGUGAUGGAACUGUGCGAUUGUGGGAGGUUGAGACUUGUAGAUGUAUUAAAGUCUGGGAGUUUGGUGAAGUUGUCCAAUAUGUAGCAUGGAAUCCUUUGCCGGAACUUCCUAUAUUGGCCGUCUCUGUGGGACAAGAUGUGUUCCUUUUGAACACUGGGCUGGGAAAUGAAGAAACACAGAGAAAAGUUAAGGAGCUUCUGCAUGUCGCGACAUCUACAGUUCUUGAUGGUUCUGGUAACAAGGUGUCCGCUUGGAACUGGCUUCAAGAUGACGAACAUGAAGGAAUUAGGUUACAGCAUUUUAAGACUGUAUACUCAGUGGAAUGGCAUCGUAAGGGAGACUAUUUCUCAACAGUGAUGCCAGCUGGUGAUUCAAAAGCAAUUCUUAUCCACCAGCUCUCAAAGAAAUUUACACAAAGACAUCCAUUUAAGCUGCAUGGACUUCCAGUGUCAGCAGUUUUUCAUCCUACUCGCUCCAUCUUCUUUGUCUCAACAAAGAAGAAUGUUCGUGUUUAUGAUCUCUUGAAGCAAAAGCUGAUCAAGAAGCUGGAGACUGGAUUGCGUGAAGUUUCCUCUAUUUCAGUUCAUCCUGCUGGUGAUAAUGUAAUUGUGGGAAGCAGAGAUGGAAAGUUAUGUUGGUUUGACAUGGACCUUUCAUCUAAACCUUACAAAGUUCUCAAGUGUCAUCCCAAAGACAUAAACAAUGUGGCCUUCCAUCGUUCAUACCCAUUAUUUGCAUCAUGCUCUGAUGACUGCACUGCAUAUGUUUUUCACGGCAUGGUUUAUUCUGAUCUCAAUCAGAAUCCUCUUAUUGUUCCCUUGGAAAUUCUCCGUGGACAUGCAAGUUCAAAUGGAAGAGGAGUAUUGGACUGCAAGUUCCACCCACGGCAACCGUGGUUAUUCACCGCUGGUGCUGAUUCUUUGAUAAAACUUUAUUGUCACUAAGAUGAUGCAAAAAGAAGCAUGUGUUACUUCAGGCCAGUUUGAGAAAGAUUGUAAGCCAGAUGACAAAGGGAUGAAAGUAGCUGGAGAGAUGCUGGAAUUAUAUCGAGUGGUAGAAACACAAUCUCAGGCAUUACAGAUAGAUUCGUAUACUUUUAUAUAUAUAAGCAUUAGCCGUGUUGCAUAUAUAUUAUUUAAGCAGAGGCCUUGAUUAUGAUUUUGACUCUGAUACAAAAUUUAGACUUUGAUCAUCUCAUUAAUCCAAUUCUUUUCUCUUUGGGUGGAA